UUCUACCCUGAUCAAUAGAUUAAUCAGUCUUAAAGUACGUGCUCGUCUGAAUUUAAGGACAUUGUGACAUUUAAGAAUUUAAGACAAGGAAGUUACCAAACGUAAAGGUGUGAGAUUAAGAAUAGUUAGAAUAUUUCGUAUUUCCUAGAAUACGUCUAUAUAGAUACAAUUUAAUAUAGAAAGCUUAAAAGGGAUUCCAAUUCUUGAAUGCCCAUUUCUAUAUGAAACGUGCUGUUUACUUGAGUUAAACCAUCAGAUGGGUCGGAUAACAUAAAGAAAAAAUAUUCGUUUCAUUUAUAAUAUAAUAAAGCAAAGGAAUAAAUAUGGGUAACAGGAAUGCGAAGCCGAAGGGCCGAUAUUUGAUCGAACUUCAUAAGAAAGUACCAAACAUGAAAAUGGAUGAGAUUCUUCAAGUAUUUGAGGACUUUCAACAUCAAUCACACGGACGAGGAAGGCUGAGUAAGUCAGACUUUGUGAAGGUUUACAAGCAAGCCUUCAAGGGCAAAAACGGUGUGAAAGCCCUUGCUGAAAACAUAUUUACGGCGUUCGACACAGACAACAGUGGCUUUGUGGAUUUUGAGGAGUUCCUCGUUGGUUUAAGCAUCACUGAAGCCAGUUUGGCAGACGUGGACAAGGAAUCUAAGCUUAAGAAACUGAAAUGGGCAUUCAAUGUGUACGAUAAAGACAAGAGUGGCACCAUCGACAGGAAUGAGAUGAGAGCGAUUGUUAGGGCCGUAUCGGACGUUGUACCAGACGAUAGUUUUCUGCAAGGCCUUUCACCUCAAGCGUUCUCAGACCGCUUAUUUGCCGAGGUGGACGCGAACGGUGACGGUGACAUUACGUUCGAAGAGUUCCGAAUGGCUGCCGAGCAGAAUGAGACGCUUAUUGACCUUCUACUUCCGUCUCCCACUUGAAUGUUAGAUAAAAAAAAAAUCUUGAAUAUUGUGACGCUGUAUGGAUGUUCUGUGAAGACUUGAGGUACUGUAUAUGUAGAACGGGAAACAAAUAUGGAAAUAAAUAUUAGUUGUGAUGAAGCAAUUGUUUAGGACUGCAGUUCUUAAAGGGCAGAGCAGCGCAUUGCAAAUGAAUAUGUCUAAUGAUUGAGUGUUUAAGGUAAUCUUAAUCUUUCAGCAUACUUUAGAUGUUUACUUCUUGUAACUCCGCACGCUACUUUAAUACUAAACAAAUUAAUAAAUAUACAAAACAAAGAAAAGAGAAAUCCUACUCUUAUGUGGCACAAAAAGUCAAGAUAGCUCAUACCAAAUGUUAAGAUUUUACUUACGCACAGUACUGUUGUCAACAACCAGUUGCAACGAAAAAGAAUAUGGUUGCUGAAUACACGUUCAGUCAUAUUGUAUUGAUGCAAAUUUAACGAAAAUAUUUUUUUCACGAUUGUUUUAAUUUAUGUUAUGUUUUGCCUGAUUUGUUUUAGUAGAUAGGUCGUACUUGUUUAUGUUUUUUUUUGUUUUACUACGCCGUGUCAUAUGUGACGUCAUUAAUGAAAAUGAGCCAUGUCGAUAUAUUCACUAAUUGUAAAAAAUGCGAUAGGAAGAAAAAUAAUCAUAAAGAAUUGAAUAAACUUACAUUUUAGGCUGUUUACAAAAUAAUUUCAAAGAAGCUAUUGAUUGCCUGCUAAAAAAGGUCGAUUUAUCACAAAAACGGUCGUUUCUUUCCUAAACAGGACUCAUUUACGCUGACGGCGUUAUAAAUAUAUUGCAUAUAUCCAUGUUAGUUUUAUUUAUUUUAUUGUGUCAGUUGUCGAUGUUCCAUAGUUUAUGCUUGUACUCAGAAAUAAACAGAUAACGGAAACGUA